UUGGCCGCACACCCAAACAACGCCGCCUGAAGCCAAGCCGCCGAAGAGAAUUUUCCCUUUUUAUCAUGAGUGGCGGCGUCUACGGCGGAGAUGAGGUAGGGGCCUUGGUGUUCGACCCAGGCUUCUCCUCCCUGCGCGUCGGCUAUGCUGGCGAGGAUUCACCAAAAUUUGACAUUCCUUCCUGUGUCGGGGUGACAGAAAACCAAGAGACCAAUGAGAAGAAAUAUUUUAUCGACACAGUUGCUCUCCAUGUGCCUAGAAAAGGAUGUGAAGUGAGCAAUUACAUGAAGGAUGGAAUGAUCGAAGACUGGGACACCUUUGAGAAGGUUCUAGACUACUCGUAUGAAAAGUGCAUCAAGAGUGAGCCUCAGUACCAUCCCAUCCUCUUCUCUGAGGCCCCGUGGAAUGCACGUGGCAAGAGAGAACGUCUUUGCGAAUUGCUCUUUGAGAAAUAUCAGGUACCUGCUUUCUUCCUGGUGAAAUCUGCAGUGUUGGCAGCAUUUGCCAAUGGAAGGUCUACUGGGCUUGUGCUUGACUCUGGGGCCACACAUACAUCUGCAGUGCCCGUUCACGAUGGAUAUGUCCUGCAGCAUGCCAUUGUGAAGUCACCUCUUGGGGGAGAUUUUCUCCUCAAUCAGGCAAACAGUUACCUGGUGGAGUCCGGGGUGGACCUCAUCCCACCAUACAUGAUUACAGACAAACAGGUGGUGAAGGAAGGUGACCGACCCAAGUGGACAAAGAAAAGCAACUUGUGUGAGGUCACCACAUCCUGGCACAACUACAUGAAGCGAGAGGUGGUCAGAGAUUUUCAGCAGACAAUGCUCCACUGCUCCGAGUCACCCUACGAGGAAGAUGCCAUCAACAGCAUCCCCACAGAGCCCUAUGAGUUUCCUACUGGUUAUAAUAUGGAGUAUGGCACAGAGCGCUACCGGAUCACAGAGAGCCUGUUUGACCCCAGUUACAUCAAGGGUGUGGGCUCAACUAUGCUGGGAAUGUCACACGUUGUAUCCACCAGCAUAGGCCUGUGUGAUAUCGACCUCCGUCCCAGUCUUUAUUCUGGGGUCAUAGUAACAGGCGGGAACUCUCUUCUUAAUGGCUUUGUGGAGCGCCUGAACCGUGACCUGUCCAGUCGAACACCACCAAACAUGAGGUUUAAGCUGAUCUCGGCAACAGGCUCAACAGAGAGGAGGUUUGGCUCAUGGAUUGGAGGUUCCAUCCUGGCCUCCCUAGGCUCCUUCCAGCAGAUGUGGGUGAGCAAGCAGGAGUAUGAGGAGUCGGGCAAGUCACAGGUGGACAGAAAAUGUCCGUAAAGAGGUGACGCAAAAACAAAGACAACUAUUUUUUUUUUAGACUGACUCUUGCUGUAAAGUGGAAAUGAAUGAAUGUGUAUGUGACAAUUCCAGAAACGACAUUAAAACUUGCCUGGAUUUUUUUUAUUCAUAUGUUAAUGUGGCUGAAAUACAAAGUACAACAAAAAUUAUAUUACAGUUACAGUUAUUAUAAAUGUGUUUUGGAUUGUAAAAAAGUCUUAAAUGAUAUUUAAUUGAUAUUUUAGUUCUUUUUUUUCUCUCUUUUUUAUGACAUCAGUGAGUCAUAUCUUUGUAUUUAGGCAUGGUAAAUAUAAGUAAAUUAGUAAUA